AUGGACCCAGAGAGUCCAUCGACGCCCAAGGAAAUUGCCGAGUACUUGCACGAAAAGCCGCAUAGUGACCCCCAAAUGGUCGGUCAAGUGUUAGGCGAACCAGACGCCAAGUCGAUGAGCGUGCUGCAUGAAUACUCCAAUGGCUUCCAGUUUGAAGACGUGGCAUUCGACGUCGCUCUUCGAGUAUACCUCAGUAGGUUUGAGUUGCCUAGAGAAGCUCAGAAGAUUGAUAGGAUUCUACAAGCAUUUGCCAAAGCCUACUACGCUAGCAACCCAGAUAGCGACGAGUGCCCGUCGGAAGAUGCUGUGUACACAUUGGCGUUCUCAGUGCUGCUACUCAAUACAGACGCUCAUAACCCCAAGCUGGCACGGAAAUUCAAAAUGUCCCGAGCAGACUUCAUCCGCAACUAUCAUCGACUGGGGGGAGAAGCUGGAUCGGCAAGACCAGAGGUACCUGACGCGUAUCUGGGGCAAUGCUACGAUUUGUUCGUCGCGGAUGCGAUUAAGCGGAUUGAGAAGAAACCGGUCGAGCUGUUGCCCGACGAAUUGGAGCUCGAGUUUCCUGACACGGCGCUGGGACUCGAGAUUGAGACGUCGUUCGAUGGUCGCACUGCAAUCGUCAAGAAGUACGCCAACAACCGCCACACUUACAGCAGUAGACGACGGAGGCAGACGAACGGAUCAUCUGCGUCAACAUCAAGCGGUUUCUUGGCAUACAGUGCUGGUUUCCUGGCAAACAUCUUGGCAGUAGCUGACCCGGAGUUAUCCAUCGAUGGCUACGUCAUUGUGGCAGUAGGCGAUGACAGUACCCGCCAGAUCGGUUACGCACUUACACGUUAUUUGCUCAAGACGGCGCCGCGCCCUGUUCUCAUCCGCUUUUGUGAGUCUAGCGUCUACUUUGCGUCUUUAGUUUGA